AUGAAUCAUAUCAAUACCAAAGAGCAAGUUAUCGAAGCUUUCAAAGUGUUUGAUCGUGAAGGUCAAGGAUAUGUUACUGUAGAUUAUUUAAGAAAGGUUUUGAAUGAACUUGGUGAUAUGAUGCCAGCAGACGAGUAUUUAAAUAUUAGUGAAUUUCUUAUUUUUGAGAGUACUUAUAUGAGGAAAUACAUCUAUAAAUCAUUCUCAAAAUUUUGUUUUGAAGUUUAA